AUGGCGACAGAUCCCAAUGGAGACACCAAACCAUAUUCGGAGACGAGAAAAAUCAGACUUGACCUCGAGGACUACAGUCACGAUCGCUGGGGCUUCGUCAUGUACAGAACCACCUACGGCGACGACGACGCCUGGGAACAGCUCAAAAAAAUCGUCAAGGAGCGCGCCCGCGAGCAGCUACUGGCAUCAACUGGCCCAUACUUGCUUGACAGCCUGGACUGGAAAUUCUUCGAUGAUCAAGAGGCUUCCGACAAUGCUUCUGUCGCAAAUCUCCGUCAGCACUUCACUGCGUGGAUUAGGGACAACUGGCAACUCGAGCAGCCCCGCGGCACCUGUCCCGGCAGCCCUCGCUAUCGGCUUUUCAUACGGGUGGACCGGGAAGCCUUAGAUAGUGUCCUCGAUCGCAACAACGUACGCUUUGCGGCACCUUGGGCGGACGCUGGCUGGGUUCACUUGAUUAGUGGUGAAUGGGAGUCCGAGCUAGAUCAUGUCGAUCCGGACGAUGAGUACGACCAGCCUGAUCUUACGUUCAAUCCAGUCGAGGACUGCAGGGAGCAAGACGUUGGCUGGAUGAAGGUACCGGCCGAAGAAAUCGGAUUUCAAAUGUAUUCAAGAUUCGUGAACCCCGACAGCUGGUACAUACUCUACGAGCGCCCUCCGAAGAUAGCCUUUUGGACUUGA